CGCGCUAGCCCCCGGCGGCAAGUACACUUUGACGACAUGACCUCUGGCCCGCGACUCUUCGUCGUUGUUGCUCAGUUCUCGCGCACAAGUCAAGCCAACGCCAACAAACACGAAAGAGUGACACGCGAAAGUCGCAAAAGACGCACAACUUUGAGGCAUAAAUGGACCGACGUUGGCGGUUUGGCCGAAAAGGCGGCAACGAAAAACGACAGUGUAUUACAACACUUCAUUCACAGCAUGCAGAUGGACAAAGUUGAAUGGCUUCCGUGGACGGACUUGGCGUGGAGGCCAGACCGAAAGGUCGGCAUGGGGACAAUGGCUACAGCGAAACCUGUUGCCCAGCGACAGCUGUCGCGACACGAGUCUCUCUUUGGCUGGCGUACCAAUGAAGAGGCGUUCAGAAUGCGAUCUGUGAGCCGGUGGCAGCAUAAAGUCGAGAACUUGUCAGUACGUUCACCUUCUCCGUCUUAG